UGUUAUGAAGAGGUGCGGGUUCAAUAUAGAAGGAGCGACCAAUCCUGGUCCUUCUCGUCCUCCACGUCCCACUGCAUCAAAGUCGAUAAAAAUAGGAAUGCGACGAGGUUCUGAAGGACUUAUAAAUUUCGGACAAAGUUUAAAAACCGGUGUCACACGGGCCGUAUUCUCUGAAGAUCUUAAAGUAUCCGAGAAAAAAAUAAUCGAUCCACAAGACAAAAAUCUUCUAGUAUGGAACAAGUUUUUGGUCUUGUCGUGUAUUCUCGCAGUGUAUGUGGAUCCUUUGUUUUUUUAUAUCCCGGUUUAUCAUGAUAAAGAAAGAUGUUUAAAAAUACAUAAAAGUUUAGCACACUACAUUACAACUGUGAGGACCAUAGUUGAUCUUUUCUACCUUAUUCGGAUCGGUCUCCAGUUUCGCACAGCGUAUAUUGCACCAUCGUCUCGAGUUUUUGGGCGCGGUGAACUUGUUAUAGAUCCUGGACAAAUAGCGAGGCGAUAUUUGCAGCGUUAUUUCAUAGUUGACCUUCUUUCUGUACUACCUUUACCACAGAUUGUUGUGUGGAGAUUCCUUCACAGAUCGCAUGGUUCGGCUGUGUUGGGUACAAAAAACUUUUUGUUUUGGAUUGUAAUUGUGCAAUACAUUCCUCGGUCCAUCCGUAUCCUACCGCUAUUUUCGGAGCUCAAAAAGACCGUUGGUGUCAUCACCGAAACAGCUUGGGCCGGUGCAGCUUAUUAUUUGGUUUGGUUUGUUCUUGCUGGCCAUAUCUUUGGGGCAUUCUGGUAUCUGUUAGCUGUGGAACGAAAGAACUCGUGUUGGGAGCAAGCUUGUAUAAAAGAAAAGAAAUGUGAAAUAGAGUAUCUUUACUGUGGAUAUGAGGAAUCUGAGAGCUAUAAAGCUUGGAUGAGUGUCAGUAAAGACAUUCUUGAUGAACAUUGUGUUGAAAGUGAAGCUUAUGGAGAAUUUGAUUAUGGGAUUUACUUAGCUGCUGUACAAUCUCAAGUUGAUUCUUCUGAACAGUUUAUAUCUAAAUAUUUUUACUGUUUGUGGUGGGGCUUGAGAAACUUGAGUACACUCGGACAGGGGCUUGAAACCAGUACAUAUGCUAAAGAAAUUAUUUUCUCAAUCAUAAUUGCAAUUUCUGGGCUCAUACUUUUUGCACUUCUCAUUGGCAACAUGCAGACAUAUCUUCAAUCCCUUUCGGUUCGCCUAGAGGAGAUGAGGAUCAAAAGGCGAGACUCUGAACAAUGGAUGCAUCAUAGGUUGCUUCCUCAAGAACUCAAAGAAAGAGUACGUCGUUACGAUCAGUACAAAUGGGUCGAAACAAGAGGCGUAGACGAGGAGAGUUUGGUCCAAAGUCUACCAAAAGAUCUCAGAAGGGACAUCAAGAGACACCUUUGUUUGAAUUUAGUCAAAAGGGUUCCGUUGUUUGCAAAUAUGGAUGAACGAUUACUAGAUGCCAUAUGCGAGCGUCUUAAACCGAGUCUCUACACUGAAUGCACAUAUGUUUUAAGGGAAGGUGACCCCGUUGACGAAAUGUUGUUCAUUAUUCGUGGUCGGUUAGAAAGUGUCACUACUGACGGCGGUAGAAGCGGCUUUUUCAACCGCGGUUUUUUAAAAGAAGGUGACUUUUGCGGCGAAGAACUGCUUACUUGGGCCUUGGAUCCAAAAUCAGCAGGUAACCUACCACCAUCUACUCGAACCGUAAAAGCGUUAACAGAAGUAGAAGCUUUUGCGUUAAUCGCAGAUGAAGUAAAGUUUAUCACAAGUCAAUUCAGGCGAAUUCACAGUCGACAAGUUCAACACACGUUUAGAUUCUAUUCACAGCAAUGGAGAACAUGGGCAGCGAGCUUUAUUCAAGCGGCGUGGAGGCGCUAUUCUAGACGAAAAAUUCUAGAAUUGCAUCGGUUGGAGGAAGAAGAAGACGACGACGAGGAAUACCAAGAUUACGAUGAUGACGAUGAUGAGCAUGAUGACAAUGAUAUUAACGAAGAAAGCGCGUUGAUUAGAGGACGCGCAUCAUCAUCUUCGUUUGGUGCUACAAUGUAUGCAUCAAGAUUUGCAGCUAAUGCCAUGAAACAAGUUCAGAGGAAGCGUGGCGUGUCGACUGGCUUUAUUAGUCUCCAGAAGCCUUCGGAACCGGAUUUUGCUGCGGAUUAAGGCGAAUCAUUGUUUGUUGGUUUUGUAUUAAGAUGGAAGUUUACUUAUAAGUUAUAAUCGGAUGCGGUUUAGAUGUGAA